UUCUUCAUGAAUUAUGUCUAAAUUUAAAUUUAUAUGACCUAGCAACAGCGGAUGUUUACAGCGUCAUGAAAGGUGUUGUAAGGCCAUCUAGAAACACGGAAGUUGAACAUACUGGAUAAUUCUUUCUCUAAAUCGCCAGUCUAACGUUAAAUUCGAUUAAAUAAAGAUGUCCGGUGAACGUCAACCAUUGUCACCCGCAGAGGCGAGGGAACUUGGAGAGCAGAGAGAGUCAUGGUGUGCUGUAGAGAUGAAAAAAGAACAAAGUUGGUGCCGAAAGGAAAGAAUGCACACAGAUGAGAUUUUACGAAGUUCAGUAUUUGAAGUUCAAAGACCUGAAUAUGAACCAAGAUGCACUUUUACUGUGAAUGCACCAACGCACAGAGAAAGAAAACAUUUUAGACAGCAAUUUACAAGCCAGAUCAACAUCUAGUGAUGAGGAUGUAUUUUGGUCAAGCCAACAUCAAAAUGUGAAAAUAACAAUCAAAUUUUAAACUUUAUUUCAUUUAUACAUUUGUGUUAAUUUAUUCCAAGAAAUAUAAGAAAAAUACAGUGUCAUUACUUAUCUCAUUUGUAUACCCUUUGUGUUGAACUGGAAUGUUCUGCCUUAUUUGGCUAAUGAAGUUUAAUUAAUGAAGUUUAAUUAUACAGUCAUGGCAAAAGAAUUUAUCCUUAAAGUAUUUAUUAACAAACUUAUCUCAGCCUUUUAACUGAAUGUAUAGUAACCAUAUUCAUUGCUUCAAUUAUGUUAAAGGCUUACAAAAUGUGAAUAAAAAAAAUUAAAAUGGUAAUAAAUAGUUUUUACAGAAAUGGAAAAUUUUAAUAUAAAUCAAAAUGUAUUAAGCAUUAUUUUAUAAAAAAUUUAAAUCAUUAUUGUUGUUAGGGAUGUUGUUUUUUAAAUUGUCUGUUGUUACUUUGUUGUUGAAUCAAGGUUGUUUGAAACUUAAUACAUAAAUCAUGUAACUUUAUUAAGACCAGUCAUUACCAGUAUUAUUAUAUGAUGGUAAAACAUCAUGCUGUUAACAUAUGUUUACUAAUCCUUAUUAUUUGUUGGUAUGUUGAAAUUGUAACAUUACCUAGCAGUAUUAUUCUAAAAAAAUGCAAUACAAUUUAUCUAAAACAUUAUUUUUAUAUACAUACGAGUAUAUGCAAAAGUACUGUUCAAGGAAUAUAGUUUUUGGUGCAGAACUUUUUCACAGCUAACAGUUUGUACUGCCAGAACUAAUAUGAUUAACCUCUUGUUAAAAUAAAUCUUAAGUUUUAUGUAGCAUAUAAAGUUUAGUAAGUUGUUGUUGUAAACAUUGUCAGUAUUAUGAUGUAUAAAGUAUUAACAAUACAGUGUACCCGGUAUCUAACAUUUCAUUUUGCUCAAAAACAAUAAUUUUUGUUCUAUAUUGUUGUUUGUGUCACUAAAAUAAGUGAAAAUUGUA